UCCUCUGAGUGUAUAUAUAAGAUAGAGAGAAUUUCACUCAUCCAGCACUCGACUCUCCUCUCUACUGGAUCUCCUCUCUUCCAUCUCUGUGUGAAAUCAGACAUUCUGCCAGUAUGAGGAACCUGACGGCUCUGCUGUUCGUGCUCUCGCUCUGCUCUCUUCAUCUGGUGUUCAGUGCUCCUUUUGCUUUUGAAUACAAGACACGCUGCUGUUCAACUAUAACUACUAUGAGGAUCCCUUUAAAGAACAUUGUGAGCUACAGGAGCACCAGCAGCAGCUGCCCAAUGAAGGCCAUUGUAUUUACAACCAUAAAGGGAAAACAGAUCUGUGCAGAUCCCUCAGCUCCAUGGGUCAAAAAGGCCAUUUCGACACCAAAACCCUGAAUCCCAGCAUCAGACUAGAUCUUCUGUAUUAUUUAUUUAUUAACUGACAGAUUCACACCUAUGAGCCUGAGUGUAACAACACUAAGAGUUAGCACUGUUUUUAGCAUCUUCAUGUGUGUUCUCAAAGAAUUAAUCCAUAAAAGUUGCAGUAAAAGUUGGAGUAACACACAGGGAACAUGUAAAUGUCUUUAAUAAGUCUAUACAAUGUGCAGUGUUUGUUGAGUUUUUUUGUGACCUGGUGUAAUUUACAAAUAGUUUUUAAAUCAUUUAGAAGGAAUUUCCUUUUU